AUGCUUUCCAAUUUGACUGCCCUUGUGGUAGCCAUUGGCGCAGUAAUCGCCUUCUGGACCAUCUCCUCGACCUCCAACUCACCUUUUACCGGUUCUUUCCCUCGACUCGUCAACAAACGCAUCUGUCUACUCAUCGCCCACCCGGAUGACGAGGCCAUGUUCUUUGCACCGACGGUGCUUGCGCUCACCCGACCGGAGCUAGGAAACCACCUGAAGAUCCUCUGUUUCAGUACCGGCGAUGCAGACGGCCUCGGCGAAACCCGCAAAAAAGAACUCCAAAAAAGCGCCCUACAACUCGGCGUUCGCGACGAAGCUGACGUCUUCGUCGUCGACGACCCAGCCCGCUUCCCAGACGGCAUGAAAGAGUACUGGAAAGAAGAAGAAAUCACCUCCCUCCUCGCCUCUGCCUUCGCACCCGACCUCGCCGCAAGCCUGAAAGGCAAGAAAGCCGACCCCAAAAAAGCCCCUACAGCCACCAUCGACGUCAUCCUCACCUUCGACAAGCACGGCGUCAGCAACCACCCCAACCACCGCUCCCUAUACCACGGUGCCGUGCAUUUCCUGCGCACGCUGAUGAAAGAUAAAGCCGGGUUCGCGAGCCCCGUUACCCUGUAUACACUGACUUCGCUUCCGAUUUGGCGCAAGUAUGUGGGUGUUCUUGAUGCGCCGCUUUCCAUGCUGCAGGGUGCUUGGGGUAAUGUUUGGACUGGGUUGACUGGGACGAAAAAGAAGAAGGCCGACGAUGGUCCGGUGCGCUUGCUUUUCGUGAGUUCGAUUGGGGAGUGGAUAACUGCUCAGUCGGCUAUGGUGAAAGGCCAUCAGAGUCAAAUGGUUUGGUUCCGUUGGGGGUGGAUUACUAUCGGUCGGUAUAUGACUGUUAAUGACCUGAAGCGGGAGAAGGUCUAG